CUCUACCUUGGGUGCGUAGGGCGUGCCACUCCUACUGGGAAAACCAAAAAAAGUGAGGAACUCCAACCUCAGACACACAACCAAUAGCCACACUUCUCUUCUUUCCAUUGUCGGAGGCUACCAACAUCAGCAUAGUGCCACCUUCACUCACGGUGAAUUGACUGGCGCAUGUUAUUUGGAUGUGAAUGGAAUGCUAUGGAGUUUAGUUAGGAAGCACCUUUAGUAAAGUUGUUAGAAGCAUAGAGAACAUGGCUCCAGCUAGUAAGGCUGAGAAAAAGGCUGCAGUGGAUGCAGCUGCAUGGAUGUUCAAUGUUGUUACUUCUGUUGGAAUUAUCAUUGUGAACAAAGCUUUGAUGGCCACUUAUGGCUUCAGUUUUGCUACCACGUUAACAGGUCUGCACUUUGCUACUACAACUUUGAUGACAAUUGUACUAAGGAUGCUGGGUUAUGUCCAGGCUUCUCAUUUACCGUUGCCGGAUCUUCUAAAAUUUGUUCUCUUUGCUAACUUCUCUAUUGUUGGAAUGAAUGUUAGUCUUAUGUGGAACUCAGUUGGAUUCUAUCAAAUUGCAAAAUUAAGUAUGAUUCCUGUAUCCUGUCUAUUGGAAGUUGUUCUUGACAAGAUUCGGUAUUCAAGAGACACAAAAUUGAGCAUAGGUAUUGUUCUUUUGGGUGUUGGUGUUUGCACUGUCACUGAUGUGAGUGUUAACACGAAAGGGUUCGUUGCUGCCUUUAUAGCAGUAUGGAGCACUUCGUUACAACAAUAUUAUGUUCAUUUCCUUCAACGAAAGUACUCUCUGAGUUCUUUCAACCUAUUGGGACACACAGCACCUGCACAGGCUGCAUCACUACUGUUAUUAGGACCUUUUCUUGAUUAUUGGUUGACAAACAAAAGAGUUGACAGAUAUGAUUACAACACUGGCUCGUUGAUUUUCAUAUUACUGUCAUGCACAAUUGCAGUUGGUACCAAUCUGAGCCAAUUUAUCUGCAUUGGCAGAUUCACUGCUGUUUCUUUUCAAGUGCUGGGACAUAUGAAGACAAUACUUGUUUUAAUCAUGGGGUUCUUUUUCUUUGGUAAGGAGGGUCUCAAUCUUCAUGUGGUUUUUGGAAUGAUCAUAGCUGUGGCUGGAAUGAUUUGGUAUGGUAAUGCCUCAUCCAAGCCUGGUGGAAAAGAGCGCAGGAGUCACUCUCUUCCUACCAACAAAACCGAAACACGAUAGUUUAACCUCGUUCACUAAUUUUUGUUGUUUUCAAGUGCUUUGGUUUUGGUUUUAUUUGCCAAAGUUGAGCAUACAUGGAUAGCUGAUUCUAGGAAAGUGUUUUAAAUUAUUUGAAAUCAAAACCUCAUUGGUUCUAAUUAUUUCAACCUCAUUUUGUAAUUCUUAAAAUUUGAUUUCUUGUUUUGGAUUCUUAGGGCCAUUGGAUUUGUCCUUAUAGAUAGGUCUAGGUUCCUUGCAAAAUUUUUCAUCUUUUGCAUCAUUAGAUGAAUAUAUUUAUAUUCUUUCU